UUGAAUGCGGGAGGGGUUGUCUUGCGCCGUUUGAAAAUCGAUCAUCUAUAUGACGUCAUCGUUGAGUUGACUUCACUUUUGUUCAGUAGAGUAACAACCAUGGUCGAGGGCGCCUACAUCCUCAUCGCCCUUGUAUCUACGGCAUCUGCUGAAGUAUUCACCAACUCUUUCUUCGUCAAGCUCCAUGGGGACGGCGGCCGGGACACGGCGAGUCUGGUGGCCGCUAGGACCGGCUUCGACAACUUCGGACCGGUACUCGGCUCUGAUAACGAAUUCCAUUUCGUCCACCGGGGCUUAGCAGGUGCCCGAACAAAAAGAAGCAUGCCGCACACAAGGAGGCUGAAAGUGGAUCCCUUGGUGCAGUACGCAUACCAGCUCCCGGGGUUCAAGAGGGUGAAAAGAGGUUACAAGCCUCUGAACGUGGAAAACCUCGUACCUCAUAUCAAGCCGGAGCGAGACCCCACGGACCCAUAUUUCACGUUCCAAUGGUAUUUAAAAAACACCGGUCAAAAUGGUGGCAAACCUAAGCUUGACCUGAACGUCGAAGCAGCCUGGGCGCAGGGUGUCACAGGGAAAAAUGUAACGACCGCAAUUAUGGACGACGGUGUCGAUUACAUGCACGAAGAUCUUAAAUAUAACUACGUAAGUAAUGCCAUUAAUUUAACAUGUUCAAUUAUUAAUCAAGUGCAUAGGGAAACUUGGCUUAAAUAUUUAUAGCAUAAUUUGUGG